AAUAGAAAAGUCAUUGUGGCUUCGACAGCUUACCAAUCAUACGAUUACGCUGCAAUUGAAGAACAGUUCAUAUUUGAACUCCAGCGUGGCAACACUCACUGCCGACCCCUCUUUCUUUCGUCCGCAGGAAUGCCAUCUUCGACACAUUCUCAACAUCAUGCCUUAGAACGAGACUCAGAACGACUCAUAAAUGUCAUCCCCACUCACUCCGCUCGGGUCUAGCCCGUCAGAUCUAGAUCCCACACCAGAACUGACCUCUUUGCUUUCCGCCUCCUCAUAUCCUCUCCCAGUACAACUUAUGCCACAGCCAGAGAGUGACCAACAGUCGCAUUUGUACGGUGGAUAUGGCGGGGAACAGUUACCCACAUCUGAUCCACCUGGAUCGCCUAUCCAGGAAGUAUCGCCCUCUCACCUGCAGAGCAACGAGUCGGCUAGUGUAACAGAGCCGCCUCGCCGGAAACGUGGGAGACCUCGAAAAGGGGAAGUUGUCACAAAAGAUGAUCGUCCAGAUGAGGUGCGUGUAGAAUCACUCAUCUCCCAUCCGGUAGUGCCGGUAGGUUAAUUAGAUAUGUAUUCCAGAGACGCCGGGUGCAAAUUCGAGUUGCACAGCGCGCCUAUCGCAACCGUAAGGACGAGGCGCUGACGAGAUAUGAAGCCCGCAUUGCCCAUUUAGAGGCA